CUAAUUUAUAAGAUAAGAUUGGUUCUCGGGGUAAACGUGAAAAAAAAACUCAAAACCCUAAUUUAUACUUACAUGAGUCGCUUUCUUCUUUCACAAGAGAAACAAUGAUGAUGUCCGAUCUUCCCGCGGAUUUGGUAGAGGAAAUACUCUCAAGGGUCCCGGCUACAUCUCUGAAACGGUUACGAUCUACUUGCAAGCAAUGGAACGCUUUAUUUAAAAACAGAGGGUUAAAGGGUUCACUUAGCUUAAAAGAUUUCCAUUAUAAUUCUAAACAAGUCAAGAUAGCCCGAGUUUUUCACUGCGAUGGUUUAUUGUUAUGCAUCACCAAGGAUGAUAGACUCGUGGUUUGGAACCCGUGUUUGGGAGAAAAUAGGUGGAUCCCACUCAGAACUGAUUACAAGGGAAUAACUAUGUUUGCUCUAGGAUACCAAAAUAACAAAUCUUGUCAUAGCUACAAAAUCUUGAGGUGGUGGAAUUGUUAUGAACCAACCCACCAUGUUGUUGGGUUAGAAAUCUAUGAGUUUAGCUCUGAUUCAUGGAGAGUUUUUGAUAAAGUCGAUCUCGAUUUCUAUUUACAAACAAAUUCUUGUGUGUCUUUGAAGGGAAAUACUUACUGGCUUACUUUAGAUCUUAGUGAAAAGUUCUUCCACAGUUUUGAUUUUACAAGGGAGAGAUUUAAACGUUUGUGUCUUCCACCAAAUCCGAAAUCGUGUUAUACGGUUCUAUCAGUUGUUAGAGAAAAACAGCUCUCAGUUUUGUGA